UGAUAGCGUCAUAGUGCGGGGCGGGGCUUAUGGUGUAAGCAAACAGGAGCAGACCAAUCAGAGCGCAGCUGGGGUCUUUAUAAACUUUGGUCCGGCUCUGCUGGGAGAAGCUGGUUGUUCUCUUCUUCUCGAUCAUCACCGAAGGCUUUAGACAGGAAACCAUCAUGAAGCUGCUUCUGGCUGUUCUGGCCGUCGGCCUGACCUCAGUCCUCUCAGCACCACAUCUGGACCCACAGCUGGACGAGCACUGGAACCUGUGGAAGAGCUGGCACACUAAAAAAUACCACGAGAAGGAGGAGGGCUGGAGGAGGAUGGUGUGGGAGAAAAACCUCAAGAAGAUUGAGCUGCACAAUCUGGAGCACUCCAUGGGCAAACACACCUACCGCCUGGGCAUGAACCACUUUGGGGACAUGACUAACGAGGAGUUCCAGCAGCUCAUGAACGGCUACAAGCACAAAGCAGAGAGAAAGGUGAGGGGAUCCCUGUUCAUGGAGCCCAACUUCCUGGAGGCCCCUCGUUCUCUGGACUGGAGGGAUAAGGGUUACGUGACUCCUGUUAAGGACCAGGGUCAGUGUGGCUCCUGCUGGGCUUUCAGUGCCACCGGAGCUCUGGAGGGUCAGCAGUUCAGGAAGACCGGCAAGAUGGUGUCGCUGAGCGAGCAGAACCUGGUGGAAUGCUCCAGACCCGAGGGCAACGAGGGCUGCAACGGAGGUCUGAUGGACCAGGCCUUCCAGUACGUCAAGGACAACCAGGGCCUGGACUCCGAGGACUCCUACCCUUACCUGGGAACUGAUGACCAGCCUUGCCAUUACGACCCCAAUUACAACGCUGUCAACGACACCGGAUUUGUGGACAUUCCAAGCGGUAACGAGCGUGCUCUGAUGAAGGCUCUGGCCUCUGUUGGACCAGUUUCAGUCGCUAUUGAUGCAGGCCACGAGUCUUUCCAGUUUUACCAGUCAGGAAUUUACUACGAAGCUGAGUGCAGCAGUGAGGAGCUGGACCAUGGCGUGCUGGCGGUGGGUUACGGCUUCGAGGGCGAAGAUGUGGACGGCAAGAAAUACUGGAUUGUCAAGAACAGCUGGAGUGAAAACUGGGGCGACAAAGGCUACAUCUACAUGGCUAAAGACCGACAAAACCACUGCGGUAUCGCGACUGCAGCCAGCUAUCCUCUGGUGUGAAAUGCUUCACCUCAGCAGUGUUUUUACUGCAACAGUUGGACAAGAGGGACGACGCUGCAGUCGGUGUGA